GACAGAGUCGCUCUCCUUGGUGCUGAAAUCGCCGACCGUCGCGAUAAUGUAAACUGCGAUGAGGCCAAACGGAGUAUCGGAUAAAAAAAUACAAAAAUGGAGGAUGACCUUUUUCAGCUGAGACAGCUUCCUGUUGUUCGCUUCCGUCGCACAGGUGAGAGCACACGUUCCGAGGAAGAUGUGGAGAGCAGAGAGCAGGGUGUCACAACAGCAGCGCCUGUUGAUCUGGAAUCUGUGGCACUUGCAGAAGGAGCUCCAGUGCCACGAGAGUUUGCAAAUCCAACCGAUGUUCACCAUUUUACAGACACGUUCAUGGUAGAAGAUGCAGUGGAGGCGAUUGGCUUUGGCACAUUUCAGUGGAAGCUCUCUAUUCUCACUGGACUGUCCUGGAUGGCUGAUGCCAUGGAGAUGAUGAUUCUCAGCAUCUUAGCCCCACAGCUCCACUGUGAAUGGAGGCUACCGAGCCUUGAGGUGGCACUACUCACAUCGGCAGUGUUCAUUGGAAUGAUGAUUAGCUCUUCUCUUUGGGGAAACAUAUCUGAUAGAUACGGCAGAAAGAUGGGCUUAACACUGAGCGUACUUUGGACCAUGUUCUACGGCCUCAUGAGUGCAUUUGCACCCAUUUACGGGUGGAUCCUGUUCCUGCGUGCGUUAGUGGGCUUUGGUAUAGGAGGAGCACCACAGUCGGUGACCCUGUAUGCCGAGUUUCUUCCCAUGAGAUCCAGAGCUACAUGUAUCCUGCUGAUUGAGAUCUUUUGGGCAAUUGGCACAGUUUUCGAAGUUCUGUUAGCAAUCCUGGUGAUGCCCACUCUGGGCUGGCGCUGGCUGCUGGGCCUUUCCACCAUCCCUCUCUUCAUCUUUGCCUUUCUGUGCUAUUGGCUUCCAGAGAGUGCUCGUUAUGAUGUGCUGACGGGGAACCAGGAAAAGGCUCUUGCUACUCUGAAACGAAUAGCAACAGAAAACGGUGUCCCCAUGCCUCUGGGAAAACUUAUUGCUGCAAGACAGGAAGACCGGGGAAAGAUUCGAGACUUAUUCUCAUCACAACUUCGCUGGACUACAAUUCUACUCUGGUUUAUUUGGUUUGCAAACGCCUUCUCCUACUACGGACUGGUGCUCCUCACCACAGAGUUGUUUCAAGAGGGAGGCGCAUGUGGAAUGGCCAAAGGUGGUAAAAAGGAGCUGCGAUGCAGCUUGGAGUGUAAAUAUUUAAAUUCUGAUGACUACAAAGAUCUACUGUGGACAACAUUAUCUGAAUUCCCAGGACUGCUGGUUACACUGUGGGCUAUUGAUCGACUGGGACGGAGAAUGACCAUGGCAUUGUGUUUCCUCGUCUUCUCCCUGUGCAUCAUUCCCCUGUAUGGAUGUGUUGGGAGAGUGUCCAUGACAGUGCUAAUAUUCGUAGCCAGGGCGUUUAUUGCUGGAGGCUUCCAGGCAGCUUAUGUUUACACUCCGGAGGUUUAUCCAACAGCAACCAGAGCUUUGGGUCUGGGAACAAGCAGUGGAAUGGCUAGAGUUGGCGCUCUCAUCACUCCUUUUGUUGCACAGGUGAUGCUAGAGUCCUCAGUGUACCUGGCUCUCUCUGUGUACUGCUGCUGCUGCCUGUUUGCUGCUGUUGCCUCCUGUGCUCUGCCCAUUGAAACCACAGGCCGGGGUCUGCAGGAGUCCAGCCAUCGUGAGUGGGGACAGGAGAUGGUAGGCCACAAAGCUGAAGAAAUCCCACACUCCAACUCAAGCUCCCAGGGUUGAGAACGUGUUUGCUAAGGUACAAACAGAAGGCAAGUGCAGCAACAAGACAAGAUGAGAAGAAAGGAGAAAACAACACCAUCUUUCUGCCCUUCAUGUAUGUUACCCCUAAUGAGCCAGGCAGCACCAUUUAUUUUCUCAUCAUGUCAUGAAAGGUCUUUAAACAUCACUGGUGUCACAGGGUUUCCAUUGUAAAACUACGUACACACGGAGUGAGUGAGAGAGACCUAAUGUACAAGAUUUCAGGAGAGGAUGAUGAAAAUAAGAAAGUUUUCAAAUGUAUCUUCAUGCAUCCACCUUCUUAUAAGAGCCUUAAAUGAACAUAUUCAACUUUUGAACCUUUUUAAAACGCUGCUUCUGUAGUAGACAAAGCAUAUUUAACAUAACAUCUUCUCAGUAUUUUUAGUAAGGAAAUCUGAUCAUCUCAUGUACGUAUAGGCUGCCUGCUGAUAUGCACUUUAAUGUAUGAAAAAAAAAACGACCGUUUAGGUAAAACUAAUUUAUUUUAUUGAACAGCCCCAUUAUUAUGAUAAAUACAUAGAUAAUUUUGGAGCACAGAAAUAGAGAGUUUCUCACAAACAUGAGAACUCCUUACUGUAAUUUGUGGCUCUUAUUCAGCCUUUUCUUGUUGGUAAUGCAAAUACCACACAUAAAAGGCUAAAAUCAUGAAUUUAGAAGGUCUAAACAUAAUGGCGUUUGUUUUAUUUCUAACAAAGAUUUCCUGAAGCUGUCACUGGGAGUUGAGGGUUCUUCAGCAUGAUACUGUGGAUAAUAUUUCUACAUUACAGCACAUAGAGUGAGAGUCUGCAGAGUUUUCCAAAAGUGCCAUUAUUUUUCAGACAUUAGUUCAGUUUUACUUAUUGAAGAACCAAGCUAUUUCUUCUGUUAGAAAAUUUUAGUUUACUUCGGACAGAGUCCAGGCUGAUCAACGUUUGACACAAAUCUGUUAGGGUUAUGACAAAGAGGCUAUCUAAAGCCAAAGGAAAUCAUCCCAUAAGUUAAAUCACCAUUGAAGAUUACUGAGAAUUGUAUAAAAAAUUUUGGGCACGAAAAAUUUUUUUUUUCUCAUAAUCAUUAACCUCUAUGUAGUUUUUUUUUAUCCUUUGAUGGAUGUCUGUUUGGUGUUCUGUCAGAAAAACAAACAAACUCAAGUUUGGGCUUAAUUGUACAUUCAAAUGGCCAUUCUAAUAAUGGUAUGUAAAUAAUAAGUAAGUAGAUUAGCUAUAAAUUAAGCUGCUGAGGAGUUCCAUCCAGCCAAAGAACUGAACAUUUCCCAGCAAAAAUAUUAAAAACACAAAACUAAAUUAUCCAUUGCUGAUAAAAUGUUGAAAUAUGUCAUAUAUAUGUCCCAUUUUAUUGUAUGUAUAUUUUAUAAGUAAAUCUGGUACAUUUUGUUGUUAUUAUUAAAGGUAAGGGUGACACAUAUCAGGCUGCAGCUUCAGCCGCUCUCUUAAGAAACUUAAGCUUUUUCAUUUAUUUGUGUUUGGAAAGAGCAACAUCCUUCUAAUUGUUAAACAACCACUGAAAAGAUUAAAGCCACAAAUAAGUUCUUUAAAAUGCUGUGACUAAGAAGGUAGAGGGCUCAGACCAAGUACAAACUGUUUUAAUAUCUUAACAAUUAAGGACUUAAUUGCAGAAUAUUGCAAAAGUAUAAAUGCUGCUUCAAAUUAUUUUUUAUACCAUUACAAACACAAACUUUUAAGCAUUUUAAUAGAAUCUAAUAUAAAGACCAACACAUACAUAAAGUAGCACAUAAGUAGAUAGUUUGCCAUUCUUUACAAAUAAUAAAACUCAUUUGUAUUUAGCCUCCCUGAUUGGAAUGUUGUUAAAUCCAGCUUUUCCUGUCCCACUGAACUCAGAUCUCUGACUCUUGCUACGGUUUCUGAAAUUAUUUUUUUCUUUAAUGUCCAUUGAUUUAGAGCAUUGCAUUGUAGCUCUGGCCAUUGGUUUAGCCUUGUUUUCCCGCUGGAAGGUAAACCUGCACCCUCACGGCUACUUCAGCUUCAGCUGUAUUCUUUUACAAUCCUCCUCUUUUUAACUCAUUUAUUCUCCCAAGCUUCUUAUCCCUGAAGAAAAAAAUCACCCUCACAGCAUAACGCCACCAUCACCACCUAAGCAGUGGAUCACUGUAGCUCCUCCAGAGUUGCCCUCUUUUGGCUCUAUAUUUGUCUGGCCUGCCAGAUUAGAUGCCUGGAUAUGCCUCAGUGUUCUUGCUGCUGUGUCACACUCUUUCCGUUAGAACUGAUUGGAACUGAUCAGCCCUUUGUUAGGUGUUCAAAGUUUAGGAUCUUAUUUUAUUUUUAACUCAACCCUGCUUUACACCUCUCUAUACUUUAUUCUGACCUGUCCCGUAUAGUUCUUUAGUUUCCUGAUGUUGUUUUUUUAGUAAUCUCCAUAGCUUUCCAAAAACUGUUGGUUUUACAUUGAGAAUUAAUUUCAGUAAUUACUAUUCACUAGAGGACUUGUAGAAGCAGUUUAUUCCACUGGAUUUUAUCUAAGCAUUUGUUGGUAAAAGGCGUUAAAAACAAAUGCACCACACAGUUUAAUUUAUUAUCAUUACUAAAAGAUGUGGAGUAUCUGGCCGGUGAAACCUCUCAUUCAUUAUCUUGAUCUCUAAAAUUAUGUGAUGGUCAAUGACAUAGAUUCUAAAAUAAAAUACUUUAAAGUUUGUGUUAUUAUGUCAAAACGUUCAAGAGGUGUGAAUACUAUUGCAAGGUAUAGUAGAACACAGCCACUCCAUAAUGCUGCUAUUUCAACUAUCUCAAACAUGUUUAGUAUUUCUAACCCUGAAAUGUGCUCUAACAGGGAAAAGGUUUGUUAAUAACAAGUGAAGAUAAAGUCCAGAUGAUUCUGUUAAAGUUUCACUCACAUAUUGAGUUAUUUUUUUAGGCCAAACAGAAGUCAGGAAUCCCGUUAAAUGUAAUUGCAUCUUCUCGCGUGGAGAAAGUUUUAGCUGUUUAGAAGGUUUUUUAGAAAUGACAUGUGAAUUAGUAACAUAUUUUAGUUUGUUCUUAAAGACAAAUAAACCUCUGUAUUCACGUGAUCAUCAAAAAUAGACCAGCUUUAUUUUUUUUUCUCAAAAAAUGAUGUUUGCACUCAUGUACUGAUGAAUCCUCAAAUGACUCAGAUGUUAACACUGUAUUUCAAUAGACCCCAGCUGUGACUCUACUGGAUGUUAAGUUUUCUGUGUAACUUAUGUUAAAGAAUUAAAUAAAAGCCUAGUUUGUUUGUGAUCUUUGAUUUUGUUUGUAAUGAAAAAUUAGAUAGAGACUAGGUCAUUCCAAACAGACAUGAUACUACCACGCACAGGUCCACCAAGAAGACUCUAACUCACCAGUGUUUGAGAUAUUGUGCGGCAUUAAGUGUUAAUAUGAUGGAUGUAAAUGUGUAUGA